AUGACAGAAGGUUCUCCUAUCAAUCAAAAUAAAAAUAAUGAUGCUGUUGAUAUGGAUGUCAAUGAACUGAACGAAGAAGAGAAACAAAAUUCUCAUAUGGAUAGUGGUAUUAUAGCUGAAUCAGACGACGACGAUGAUAAAUCACCACAAAUGGAUGAAAGCCCAACUGAUCUCGAAUCGACGAACGAAGAGAUAGAUCAUGUUUCCUGUGAACUCGAAUAUAAGAAAGAUAAAGCAAUGGAAGAAUUAUCAGCUGUAUUCAAAUUACUGAACAUAGAUCCUAUUCAUGACAGAUCAGUAGUAGCACCCAUUCGGACCAAAGUUGACGAAGUUUAUCGAAAACUAAAUCGAUUAUGCGAUGUACUGGAUGAGAAAUCUCAACUUUCGAAUGAUGCCCAUCCUAAUGAAUUAACAAUACAAGAAUCGAACGAACUUUUAAGUGGUUUAAAAAAGUUAUAUGCUGAUAGUGAUGCUGAUGAAAGAGUUCGCCUGAUGACAAUUGCUCCUAAAGAUUGGGGUCGACAAAAAAUAGCAAAAUGGUUUCAAUCAAAACCAAAUCAGGCUCGACGAUCGCUUGUUCUUCGAAAAAACAGUGGAAUACUCGCUUAUCCACAGUGUCUGCGAGGAACUAAUCGUGCUUUGUCUGACUCAACGAUUGAUGAAGUGGUCGAGUUUUAUCGUGAAGAUGGUAUCAGUCGAGCCUCAUCCAAUUCCAAAGACACGAUUAAAAUCAAUGGACAAUCAGUAGCAGUUCACUUUCUAGAAAUGAGGGUGUUGGACGCGUAUCGAAUAUUCAAUGAACAACAUCCUGGACUUGUUGCGCGAUCAACUUUCAAUGCCCUUCGACCACGAGAAGUAAAAACUGCGACACCACAUGAUACGUGUAUCUGUAUAAUUCAUGAGAACAUUGACUUGUUGUUGAAGGCUUGGAACAACCACUAUAAAAAAUGUGCCGGUACAGCUGCUUUAUCAGCAACCCUCAAGAUUAAUAUGAAAGAUCUAAUUAAUCAAAUGUUGUCCCCAGACUCUAAUGAAAAGUGCUUCAGUGGUAAAUGCAAUAAUUGUUCAUCGAAGAACAUCAGAGAUGUUCUCACUGGUAACAGUAUGGUGGAUUUGGAUGAAGAAUGUUUAUGGACUCUGUAG